UAUACCAGCGUAAGUGUGUGUUUGUACCAGUGUGUGUGUGUGUGUACCAGUGUAACUGUGUGUGUAUACUAGUGUAAGUGUGUGAGUGGGUACCAGUAGACUUGUAAUACUAUCUUUUUGGGAACCAAAUGUAUUCACAAGGAUAGAAAGAUGAGGAAAAUUUAUGUUUGUGGGGACCUUUUGCUGGUCCCCACAAGGUCAAGACGCUGUUUUAGGGUUAGGGCUUAGGGUUAGGGUUAGGGUUACAGUACAAUUAAGUUAAGGUUAGGGUUAAGGUUAGGCAUGUAGUGGUUGGGGUUAGGGUUAGGGUUAGAGGUUACGGAAUGAAUGUAGCAAAUGGGAAGUCCUCACAAGGAUAGCAGUACGGGACUGUGUGUUAGUGUGUGUGUGUACCAGCGUAAGUGUGUGUGGGUACCAGUGUAAGUCUGUGUAAGUACCAGGUUACAUGUGUGUGUGCCACUGUAAGUGUGUGUGUGUACCAGUGUGUGUCUGUAUUUGCUGCCUGUGGAACAGCAGAGAGAGAGCUUGGGGAAAUCAGUCAGUUUCACUUACCUUUCUCUGUAAAAGCAGUCUCUAGCCUCUCCCAGCCUGAGUCAUAGGAGGCGUGUGGAUUCUCCUAUUCAGCCAAAUAAAGGCACCUGAACUGAAUAUUGUGUGUAAGUCUGUUGGACUCUUCUCACCGACCGGGGGAAAUUAAGUGCUGCAUGAAUUGAUAUAUAUUUGGACUUUGAUCCCUGAACGGCCUCCACAUUCAUGCUUCAGAUCCACAUUUGCAAAACUACUGAAAGUCGGCUGAAAUGGAACACGUUGCAGCAGCAGCAAGGAUCAGUUUAUUGGUGUUUGGUUUGAUGGUCGUGGCUCCACUGCCUGUUGGAGCUUUCAUCCCUUCUGAUGCAAUUCGAAAAGCAUUUAGCUCUGGUUUGUAUUAGCAAUGAUCAAUUUUGGAUAAUUGCUAAUUUAUUUAUUUAUUUAUUUAUUUUAUGAAAAAAGCCUUAUGUAAUGGCUGGGGCUAAAACAGUGUACAAGAUUUGACUGAACAGUUUUCUCUUAUCAGCUUUUUAAAAUGUAUUUAUUUUAUAUUUCUCUAGACUGUGUUCGAGAGGCAGCCAAAACUGCAGGUUUGUAUUAGCAAGGAUCAAUUUAUUGGCGUUUUGGGGUUCAUAUUUUUUUAUACACAGGUUUCCAGGUUCACGCACACAUUCUGUAUAUAGUUCAGUGACAUUACAUUUACAUACAGUGACAUUCAAGGCACAGAUGAAGUCUCUUUUCCACCAUUUAUUUAUUUAUUUAUUUGAUUUGAGUGUCCUCUUCUUGCAGAUACAUCCUGUAAGCACCAGGGUCACUCUAGUCCAGUGGUAAGCAACCCCAUUCCUGGAGAUUUACCAUCCUGUAGGUUUUCACUCCAACCCUAACAAAACUGCACCUCAUUCAACAGCUAGAGAUCUUUGUUGAGCUGCAAAUUAUUAGAGUCAGGUGUGCCAAAUUAAGGUUGAAAUGAAAACCUACAGGAGUAGAUCUCCAGGAACAGGGUUGGGCAGCCCUGCUCUAGCUUUGUUAGGGUUGGAGUGAAAAUCUACAGGACGGUAGAUCUCCUAGAACUGGAUUGGUUACCACUGCUCUAGUCUAAAUAACUCAAGUCGCCAUCACGUUCCUGGUUUCACCAAAUGGCACACAUACACCUGGAUGUCUCUUUGUGAUGUGCGCAGGUGAAGCCGCGUUGGCAGCUUCAGGAGUUCUUGUAGGUCUGGGUGCCGCGCCCGUCUUUGUCGUUGGUGGGACUGCAGCAGCAGCGGUGGGUGCGGCCGUGCACAAGCUAGGAUCAUGUCAUGCAGUUGGAAAAGCAUUUAGCUCUGAAUGUUUUGGAGAGGCAGUCCUUCGUGCAGCUGGCUACGGGGCAAGAGCUACAGCUGACUUCGUAUGCGGCUAUGGCAGUGAUUCCGUGUGUAGGCUCCAACCCUGGACCGCACCGCGUCUGUGCUGGCAGGUGGCCUUAGCGCAGUGGCUGGCCUGCACGCGUUGACUAGCCCACACUCAGCGACGCCGCGAGCCCAUUUCCGGCGGCAACACCUGCGGACGUCUUGCCAGCGCGCUACACUUCACACAGCUGUGUGUUCUUAAAUACAAUACAUGUGAAGGCUUGGAAAACUGCAUUCGGUUAAAAAUAAAAUAAUAUUAAACUCGCUCUGUCUCAACAGUUUUUUUUUUCCUGAACUCCCUUUUUCCAAGCAGCUGCAACACAACAGACCAUUUAUGUUUCUCAGCAUUUACCGAUGAUACAUGCAGGUGCUUACACUAACCCCCUGCGUGUGAUCUGUGCUUCUCCCUCUACCUGUGCUCCACCUUAACGAGCUGCUAAUUACCUGAUUGGCUUCACCUGCCUGUGGCUCUACAUAAGCCUGCUGCAGCUGAAGAAUGGGAGAGGCCUUUGUAGUUCCUAAAAGUAAUAUUGAAGUAUGUAAAUGUACACCAGAUGAUCUGUGAGUAUACACAGUGGAAAUGUAUGCGCUGUUGAUGGCAUUACAAUGGGUGGAAGAGAUCAGACCAGAUAAGUCUCUAGCCUCUCCCAGCCUGAGUCAUAGGAGGCGUUGUUGCGCUGUGUGGAUUCUCCUAUUCGGCCAAAUAAAGGCACCUGAACUGAAUAUUGUGUGUAAGUCUGUUGGACUCUUCUCACCGACCGGGGGAAAUUAAGUGCUGCAUGAAUUGAUAUAUAUUUGGAUUUUGAUCCCUGAACGGCCUCCACAUUCAUGCUUCAGAUCCACAUUUGCAAAACUACUGAAAGUCGGCUGAAAUGGAACACGUUGCAGCAGCAGCAAGGAUCAGUUUAUUGGUGUUUGGUUUGAUGGUCGUGGCUCCACUGGCUGCUGGAGCUUUCAACCCUUCUGAUGCAAUUCGAAAAGCAUUUAGCUCUGAAUGUGUUGAAGAGGCAGCCAUUCGUGCAGGUACAGCCGCGGUGGCAGCUACAGGAGUUCUUGCAAGUGUGGGGGCCGCGCCCACCGUUGUCGUUGCUGGGACUGCAGCAGCAGCGGUGGGUGCGGCCGUGUUCACGCUACGAUCAUGUCAUGCAGAUGGAAAAGCAUUUAGCUCUGAAUGUGUUGAAGAGGCAGCCUUUCGUGCAGGUAAAGCCGCGUUGACAGCUUCAGGAGUUCUUGCAAGUGUGGGGGCCGCGCCCGUUGUUCUCGUUGCUGGGACUGCAGCAGUGGCGGUGGGUGCGGCCGCGUUCACGCUACGAUCAUGUCGGGCGGUGUGUACACCCUGUGACAGGACAUGUGACCGUGAUUCCGCACCCUGACCCGCACGGCGUCUGUGCUGGCGGGUGGCCUCAGCGCAGUGGCUGGCCUGCACGCGUUGACUAGCCCACACUCAGCGACGCCGCGAGCCCGUCUCCGCCGACAACACCUGCGGACAUCUUGCCAGCGCGCUACACUUCACACAGAUGUGUGUUCUUAAAUACAAUACAUGUGAAGGCUUGGAAAACUGCAUUCGGUUAAAAAUAAAAUAAUAUUAAACUCG